AUGUGCUGGUUACUUUCGACAAUGUAUACUACGAAUCAUUUCGAAGAUCCCACUGGAAAUGUUGCGUUCAAGAAGAGACCUGCAGCCGAGGGACGAUGGAUGGAACAACUCACGACUGGAGAUCCGUUAAGGCUAUUUGCACCGGAUCCCACUAAAUUCUUCCAUUACUACAUGGGCCUUGGGGGCGUCUACAACCUGAUAUCAACUAAGCUGUGUAUUCAAGAUAUCUGGAGUUUUGGCAAACAACGCUAUCCUUUGGAUGUACUCGCCAAAGGACUUAUGUUUAAGCGUGAGGGCGAAGCAAUCACUCUGUAUCCGACGAAGCCAGUCCAGCUUAUGAUAAUCGAUCGCGAAAUCCCUAACCUGCCCGCUCCUGUUUCGCCCAUUCUUAUAUCCGAGGUUGGGGCACACGGGACCCUGCUGCGCGAGGCUUUUGUAACUUCACUGCCACCAGAAGAAUCAAUCCCCGAAAAUUAUUACGUGGAAACCAAAAUGGCGAUUACGGGGAAGCAGAAACUGUUAUUUGUGCAGCCCAUAUGGAGGGAGUGGCGACACAGGGAUCACCACAAAGACGUUCUGUUGGGGAUAGUUCAAAACCGCACGGUGAUUGACCAGCUGCCCACCAACACAAAAUACGAUGGGUGGCGUCGGAGUUUAAGACAGUGGCUGGCAAACGGACAGCGUCCAUUCGCCGAUUUCGUACGAAUUGGAUCUCCCUACACAAAAGGUGACAUAAUCCUGAUGAAACGAACCGACACGUUCGAUGUGGAAAAGGUCUAUUCGCAGUUGGUUUUGGGUGAAAAUUCGGCAGUUGUCGGGUUUAUCCAUGGAAAUGGAGAUGAUAACCUUACACAGUUACUGGCUAGGUUGGAGACUGAGUACGCGGGGAACGCUAUAUGGACGCAUGAACAAGACAUAGACUUGCGAAUUAUGAUUCGAACUAUAGGUGCAAGAGGCAAUCCAACUCACCGUAAAGCGGUUCGAUUCAUUCAUGCGACGCAAUGCCACUUGCCAUAUCUGUCCCUUUCGAAAAACCCACAUACAGACACUGUUGCCUACAAUUGCAAUGUGAUAUUGCUGCAUCAGCUUGGCGAGAAUCGUACCACAAUUGAUGGACUAUACUACUCUUCCCUUGAUGUAGCGCCAGGAAUGAGACCAAGCAGCAUAACUGCGGGAGUCAAUGAGACAUUUUAUGUUCACACCUACGGAGAAUAUGUAGCCCCAUGCUACUUCAGACAACGCCAUCCUUGGGAUGUACUCGCCAAAGGACUUAUGUCCAAGCGUAAGGGCGAAGUAAUCACUAUGCAUCCGACGAAACCAGCCCAGCUAAUCAUAAUCGGUCGCGAAAACCCAAAUCAGCCCGCUCCUUUUGCGCUUAUUCUUAUGUCCGAGGUUGAGGCAUUCGGAACUCUGCUGCGCGAGGUGUUUGUAACUUCAAUGUCACCAGAAGGACCAAUCCCCGAAAAUUAUUACAUGGAAACCAAAAUGGCGAUUACGGGGAAGCAGAAACUGUUAUUUGUGCAGCCCAUAUGGAGGGAGUGGCGACACAGGGAUCACCACAAAGACGUUCUGUUGGGGAUAGUUCAAAACCGCACGGUGAUUGACCAGCUGCCCACCAACACAAAAUACGAUGGGUGGCGUCGGAGUUUAAGACAGUGGCUGGCAAACGGACAGCGUCCAUUCGCCGAUUUCGUACGAAUUGGAUCUCCCUACACAAAAGGUGACAUAAUCCUGAUGAAACGAACCGACACGUUCGAUGUGGAAAAGGUCUAUUCGCAGUUGGUUUUGGGUGAAAAUUCGGCAGUUGUCGGGUUUAUCCAUGGAAAUGGAGAUGAUAACCUUACACAGUUACUGGCUAGGUUGGAGACUGAGUACGCGGGGAACGCUAUAUGGACGCAUGAACAAGACAUAGACUUGCGAAUUAUGAUUCGAACUAUAGGUGCAAGAGGCAAUCCAACUCACCGUAAAGCGGUUCGAUUCAUUCAUGCGACGCAAUGCCACUUGCCAUAUCUGUCCCUUUCGAAAAACCCACAUAUAGACACUGUUGCCUACAAUUGCAAUGUGAUAUUGCUGCAUCAGCUUGGCGAGAAUCGUACCACAAUUGAUGGACUAUACUACUCUUCCCUUGAUGUAGCGCCAGGAAUGAGACCAAGCAGCAUAACUGUAUCAAUCCGCGCUCCAGAUUCUUUGACGCAACCGUCUAGGCCAAGCCGGGACAGGGUUUUACAUGGACAAUACUUGAAACCAGAGAUCUCACACGUCAUGACCAAUAUGUUCGUGUUAACUGCCAAACGGUUGGAAUUGAACACCACACCAGCCUACUGUCACCACUGCAAAACCGCUCAGUGUGCAAGUUUAAAUGUGCGGUCUGCAUAG